AUGCUCUAACUCAAAAAACUUUCGUACAAUAAAAAUAAUUCUACAAUUUAAUUGAUAAACGAUCCCUUCCUCAUUUAGUAAGUGAAUCUCUUAAAUAAUUAAAAAUAUAGAUAAUAUUUUUUACCAUUUUCAUUUUCAUUUUUUUUCUACAUAAGUAUUUUUUUAUCUCAACUAAUAUAUGAAAUCUUGCUUUUGUUAUAUUACUCAAUAACAAUUUUAUACUAAAUUGAUUACAAAACAUUAUAACUUAAGAGUUUAAAAUACUUAAAAAUAAAGAAAUAAACUCAAAGCCUAAUAUCAUCAUUCAUCUAGAAGCUUAGAGCAACUUAAACUUCUUAUUCAAAUUCAUUUAGUUAUUUAGACUUUCUUGACAGAAAAUUUAUUCUAUUAGUAGAUAUUUCAUAUUUUCAUAAAUAAAAUCCUAAUUUAUAAGCAUUAUUUAAUUAUGGUAUUUAAAAAAAAUGUAGAAUCCUUUUUUCUUAACUUAUUUACAUUUUGGCCAUUAAUAAUUACCUUAAAAAUUCAUUUUUAUUGUAAAUUAUAAUCAUAGUUACUUUCUUAUUAAGCAUCAAGUAAAUUUAAUUAAUUUCAAAUAUUUAAACACAGCCUUAUUAUGAAUAAGUGUUAUUAAUAAAAAGGUUAAUUAUUUAUUAAUCCUAUCUGACUUUUUAGCAUCCAACGCUACUUUUACACUGUCAUUCUCUAUUAUUCAGUUUGAUUUACUUGAUAAAAUAUGACCUUUUAAGAAAUCCUAAGCAUUAACUAUAGAAUUGUUAAGAAUCAUCAUAAAAAUUAAAAAUGCAUUAUAAUUAUUUGAUUCAGAAUCAUUUUUUUAAAGAUUAAAGCUAAUUCACUAAAAAUUAUUUUUGA